AUGACUACAGAGCAGAAACAAGCUGUGCUUAACUUUUUAGGAGAUUGGUGCCUCUACAAUGACUGGGACUCGCUGAUCGCCACAUUUCCCAACCAACGCUUUCGAUUCCAUACAUUCACCCAGGCCAUCAUUAUGAAGGAUAUCUUUCAGAGUCUUGUCGAGAAUCCGUUCUACUAUAUGGACUUGGAUACUCAUUGGGACGGAAGCUCAGAGACUCUUCCUCCUACAUUUGGAAAAGAGCUAUAUCAACAUUGGCAAAAGCUUCUUCGCGUGGAUGAGCUAAGUGCGGAGAAGUGGCGUAUUUCCACAGUUCAAAUAAUGAACAGGUAUCUUGAGCCCACUGCUAGGCCAAAAACAGACCCCAUAUGGCCUGUUGAGGCAUGGGACUGCACCACUGGUAUACGGAGCUGGAAUAUUAGGCAGAGUCUCAUUUCGCCUAUGUUACUGGACCACGAUCCCCAGAAGGAGCUAGACACCGAGCACCCUUUCCGUCGGGAUGGACUGCUGCGUCGAUGCUAUGAGCAGGCCUGUGACUUUGCUGUCCAGAUGUGGGUCAGGGAUAAAUCGAUAAUUCGUUUUGACGAGAAAAUCAACGAGAUAGGUCCAUAUACACUACUGCCAUACCCUGACAGGGCGGGCACGCGUGACAUGAAAAGGUGGUGGUCCAGCGGAAACUACGAUGAUUUUGUGGCCUGCAAUCUGGUCUGUCCGCUGCAGGCACAUGACUGUGCCUUCUCGGAGUCUUAA